AAGCGAAUCUCGGAGUUCAUCCGGAUCACACCAACCUUUCAUUUCUCUUCCCCUCGUGGCCACUCGAGCGGCCGCCCACCCACCGGAUCCCCUCCGCCGCGGAGGCGUCCGCCCCAGCCAUCCAGACCGCACUUCGUGCCCACGCGAGUCCCAUUCAGAUGGAGGAGCUGGCCCGCUCGGCGCCGGCGGCCAUGUACUCCCCCGGAGGCGGCGCCGCCAGCAGCCUCCCCGUGUGGCGGACGGUGGUGAGCUGGGCUGGGUUCCUGCUACACAUCCUGCUCCAGAUCCUGAGGGGAACCCCCUCGUGGGCCCAGUUUCUCUCCUUCGUCCCCUUCCUUUCCUCCUCGUCCUCCUCCUCUCCAGCCUUCAGGCCCCUCCCCGUCGAGGCCCCCGCCGACACUCCGCUGCCGCCUCCCACCGUCUCCGACAUCCCCUCCGACAAGCUCACGGUUGUUCUUGACUUGGAUGAGACUUUAGUAUGCGCAUACGAGUCAUCUUGCCUUCCUUCCCUUGUUCGUGAUCAGGCUAUUGAAGCAGGUCUGAAGUGUUUUGAGCUGGAAUGCAUAUCUGUGGAGAAGGAUGCUGAAGGAAAACAAAAGGUGAAUCAUGUCACAGUUUUUGAACGUCCUGGUUUGCGAGAUUUCUUGCAGCAAAUUAGCGAGUUUGCAAACCUUGUUCUCUUUACUGCUGGUCUUGAAGGUUAUGCAAGCCCUCUUGUUGAUAGAAUAGAUGUUGAUAAUAAAUUUUCUCUUCAUCUGUACCGGUCUUCAACUGUCAGCACGGAAUAUCGGGAGCACGUCAAAGAUCUUUCUUGCGUGUCAAAAGAUCUCUGCCGGAUUGUCAUUGUUGACAACAAUCCUUUCAGUUUCUUGCUGCAACCACUGAAUGGAAUACCAUGCAUCCCAUUUUCUGCAGGACAGCCUUGUGAUGAUCAGCUUAUGGGGGUUCUUCUUCCGCUUCUCAAGCACCUAUCGAUCCAGAAGGACGUCAGGCCUAUAUUAUAUGAAAAAUUUCACAUGCCAGAGUGGUUUAAACAGCAUGGAAUACCCAUCCAUGAUUGUAGUUGGUGAAAUUUACCGGGUACGAUUGCAAAGCUGUCCUUCUCGAGGCCUCUGAGCUGGUGCUGUCUUUCAUGCAGAUCUUUCUGACCCCAAAGGCUUGCUGUACGUUAUCAUAUUAUCCGGUUGUAUUUAGGGAACUCCGGAGUUCAAUUAGACCCUCGUCCCUCCCAUUUUAAUAUGCCAUUGUUAUACAUUAUUUCAUUAGCUACAUAAAUAGCGAAUAUAAAGUAGCAAUUAUCUGCUGAUUUUGUCAUGUAGUCAAUACAUAAUAUUUUUAUUAUAUUUAUUGUUGAGAAUUUUCAUAGUAGAAA